UUACUCUUUGUGUCAACUUUCACAUUCCUUAGUCGAGAGUCGGGCUCCCUCGAGGGAUGUUGUAUUCUUGCUGGAUGGGUCUGAUGGCACGAGGGCUGGAUUCCCAGCAAUGCGGGACUUUGUUCAAAGAGUGGUGGAGACACUCGCUGUGGAUGAGAACAAGGAUCGUGUUGCGUUAGUCCAGUACAGUAGAGAUCCAGCUGCCCAAUUCUACCUGAACACAUUCAAUACAAAGGAUGACAUUGUCAAUACAGUAAGAGGUCUGAGGCACAAAGGAGGAAGACCCCUUAACACUGGGGCAGCUCUUCAGUAUGUCAGAGACAACAUCUUUACUGCCUCUUCUGGAAGCAGAAGCCUACAGGGCAUCCCUCAGAUGUUGAUACUGCUGAGUGGAGGGAGGUCCAACGAUAACGUUGAUGUAUCAGCAUCUGCCCUGAAAGAGAGUGGGGUCUUGAUCUUUGGCAUUGGGACCCGAAAUUCCAGCAGAGAGGUUGAAAGGAUUGUCACUGAUCCUAGUUAUUCCCAGUCUGUUUCCGAAUUCACUGACAUCGCAAGAGUCCAGGAGCAGUAUUUAUCCUCACUCAAAACUCAACUACUCAAAGCCAUACCCAUAACCCCAACAGUGGACAAAAGUAUUGCCAGAAAGGAUGUGGUUUUCCUUCUGGAUGGUUCCGAUGGCACUAGGAGUGGUUUCCCAGCAAUGCGUGACUUUGUUCAAAGAGUAGUUGAGAAACUCACUGUGGAAGAGAACAGAGAUAGAGUUUCUGUGGUCCAGUACAGCAGAGAACCAGAGGCCAACUUCUAUUUGAACACUUACACAACAAAGGAAAACGUUGUUGACGCCGUAACAGGCCUGAGGCACAAGGGAGGAAGACCCCUUAACACCGGGGCAGCCCUCCAGUAUGUCAGAGACAACGUCUUUACUGCCUCCUCUGGAAGUAGGCGCCUUGAUGGUGUUCCACAGCUACUGAUUCUGUUGAGUGGUGGAAGGUCCUUUGACAAUGUUGACACUCCAGCCGCUGCUCUGAAGGAGCUUGGUGUCAAGGUGUUUGCAAUUGGAACAAGGAGCUCUGAUAGCAGAGAAAUGCAGAGGAUAUCACAAGAUCCCAGUCAAGCAAUGUCUGUCUCGGAUUUCACAGACCUUCCGAGCAUCCAGCAGCAACUGCUAUCCUCUGUGGAAACAGUGGUUGUUGGAGUUACUACAGAAACCCCAACAGUUUUAGUUGAUCUUGAAACCGCCAGAAAGGAUGUGGUUUUCCUUCUGGAUGGUUCUGAUGGCACUAGGAGUGGUUUCCCAGCAAUGCGUGACUUUGUUCAAAGAGUAGUUGAGAAACUCACUGUGGAAGAGAACAGAGAUAGAGUUUCUGUGGUCCAGUACAGCAGAGAACCAGAGGCCAACUUCUAUUUGAACACUUACACAACAAAGGAAAACGUUGUUGACGCCGUAACAGGCCUGAGGCACAAGGGAGGAAGACCCCUUAACACAGGGGCAGCCCUCCAGUAUGUCAGAGACAACGUCUUUACUGCCUCCUCUGGAAGUAGGCGCCUUGAUGGUGUUCCACAGCUACUGAUUCUGUUGAGUGGUGGAAGGUCCUUUGACAAUGUUGACACUCCAGCCGCUGCUCUGAAGGAGCUUGGUGUCAAGGUGUUUGCAAUUGGAACAAGGAGCUCUGAUAGCAGAGAAAUGCAGAGGAUAUCACAAGAUCCCAGUCAAGCAAUGUCUGUCUCGGAUUUCACAGACCUUCCGAGCAUCCAGCAGCAACUGCUAUCCUCUGUGGAAACAGUGGUUGUUGGAGUUACUACAGAAACCCCAACAGUUUUAGUUGAUCUUGAAACCGCCAGAAAGGAUGUGGUUUUCCUUCUGGAUGGUUCUGAUGGCACUAGGAGUGGUUUCCCAGCAAUGCGUGACUUUGUUCAAAGAGUAGUUGAGAAACUCACUGUGGAAGAGAACAGAGAUAGAGUUUCUGUGGUCCAGUACAGCAGAGAACCAGAGGCCAACUUCUAUUUGAACACUUACACAACAAAGGAAAACGUUGUUGACGCCGUAACAGGCCUGAGGCACAAGGGAGGAAGACCCCUUAACACCGGGGCAGCCCUCCAGUAUGUCAGAGACAACGUCUUUACUGCCUCCUCUGGAAGUAGGCGCCUUGAUGGUGUUCCACAGCUACUGAUUCUGUUGAGUGGUGGAAGGUCCUUUGACAAUGUUGACACUCCAGCCGCUGCUCUGAAGGAGCUUGGUGUCAAGGUGUUUGCAGUUGGAACAAGGAGCUCUGAUAUCAGAGAAUUACAAAAGAUAUCCUAUGACCCCAGUUUUGCUCUUUCUGUGUCUGAAUUUACUGACCUCCCAAACGUCCAUCAGCAACUAAUUUCUGUCUUGGGUACUGUGAUUGUGCCAGAUCCAACCAUGAAACCAACAGUAAAACCAACAAUAAUAGUCGAGAGUCGGGCUCCCUCGAGGGAUGUUGUAUUCUUGCUGGAUGGGUCUGAUGGCACGAGGGCUGGAUUCCCAGCAAUGCGGGACUUUGUUCAAAGAGUGGUGGAGACACUCGCUGUGGAUGAGAACAAGGAUCGUGUUGCGUUAGUCCAGUACAGUAGAGAUCCAGCUGCCCAAUUCUACCUGAACACAUUCAAUACAAAGGAUGACAUUGUCAAUACAGUAAGAGGUCUGAGGCACAAAGGAGGAAGACCCCUUAACACUGGGGCAGCUCUUCAGUAUGUCAGAGACAACAUCUUUACUGCCUCUUCUGGAAGCAGAAGCCUACAGGGCAUCCCUCAGAUGUUGAUACUGCUGAGUGGAGGGAGGUCCAACGAUAACGUUGAUGUAUCAGCAUCUGCCCUGAAAGAGAGUGGGGUCUUGAUCUUUGGCAUUGGGACCCAAAAUUCCAGCAGAGAGGUUGAAAGGAUUGUCACUGAUCCUAGUUAUUCCCAGUCUGUUUCCGAAUUCACUGACAUCCCAAGAGUCCAGGAGCAGUAUUUAUCCUCACUCAAAACUCAACUACUCAAAGCCAUACCCAUAACCCCAACAGUGGACAAAAGUAUUGCCAGAAAGGAUGUGGUUUUCCUUCUGGAUGGUUCCGAUGGCACUAGGAGUGGUUUCCCAGCAAUGCGUGACUUUGUUCAAAGAGUAGUUGAGAAACUCACUGUGGAAGAGAACAGAGAUAGAGUUUCUGUGGUCCAGUACAGCAGAGAACCAGAGGCCAACUUCUAUUUGAACACUUACACAACAAAGGAAAACGUUGUUGACGCCGUAACAGGCCUGAGGCACAAGGGAGGAAGACCCCUUAACACCGGGGCAGCCCUCCAGUAUGUCAGAGACAACGUCUUUACUGCCUCCUCUGGAAGUAGGCGCCUUGAUGGUGUUCCACAGCUACUGAUUCUGUUGAGUGGUGGAAGGUCCUUUGACAAUGUUGACACUCCAGCCGCUGCUCUGAAGGAGCUUGGUGUCAAGGUGUUUGCAAUUGGAACAAGGAGCUCUGAUAGCAGAGAAAUGCAGAGGAUAUCACAAGAUCCCAGUCAAGCAAUGUCUGUCUCGGAUUUCACAGACCUUCCGAGCAUCCAGCAGCAACUGCUAUCCUCUGUGGAAACAGUGGUUGUUGGAGUUACUACAGAAACCCCAACAGUUUUAGUUGAUCUUGAAACCGCCAGAAAGGAUGUGGUUUUCCUUCUGGAUGGUUCUGAUGGCACUAGGAGUGGUUUCCCAGCAAUGCGUGACUUUGUUCAAAGAGUAGUUGAGAAACUCACUGUGGAAGAGAACAGAGAUAGAGUUUCUGUGGUCCAGUACAGCAGAGAACCAGAGGCCAACUUCUAUUUGAACACUUACACAACAAAGGAAAACGUUGUUGACGCCGUAACAGGCCUGAGGCACAAGGGAGGAAGACCCCUUAACACCGGGGCAGCCCUCCAGUAUGUCAGAGACAACGUCUUUACUGCCUCCUCUGGAAGUAGGCGCCUUGAUGGUGUUCCACAGCUACUGAUUCUGUUGAGUGGUGGAAGGUCCUUUGACAAUGUUGACACUCCAGCCGCUGCUCUGAAGGAGCUUGGUGUCAAGGUGUUUGCAAGUUGGAACAAGGAGCUCUGA